GUGUCGUCCUCGUCGUCGACGCUGUACCGCCACGGCGUGGAAGUUCCCGGGCAGUACGACGCGCUCGUCGUCCCGCCGUUGCCGAAUUCGUACGCGCAGAUCGUCGGGUUCGAGCCCGAGGUGGACGUGUUCGCUUCCAAGCAAAGGCCGAAAAAGCUCAUCGCGCGCGGCGGCGACGGCCGAGAAUACGCGUUCAUCGCGAAAGGCUCGGAGGAUUUACGACAAGACGACCGGAUCCAGCGGCUGUUUCGCGCGAUGGACGCGCUCCUCGCGUCCUCCCCCGCCGCGCGAAGCAAAGCGUUGCGCGUUCGAACGUUUCACGUCGCGCCUUUAUCGACGCGAUGCGGUCUCCUCGAAUUCGUCGGCGGCACCGUCCCGUUGUUGCACGCGCUGACGUCGUCGACGAAACGCGCGCAGCUCCACUCGGAGGCGCACCAGAAAACCGACGGCGGCGUCUCCGCGGAUGAUUACCUCGCCGCGAUGGCUCGAACCCCGGCCCCGGAAGCGGCGCGCGCGCUGGAGUCACUGUCGCGACGCGCCGCGGCGGAGGCGUCCCCCGGCGGAGAGCAGCGCCCGCCGGAGUCGCCGGCGUUGCGAACGACGCUGAUGAACGCGGCGGGCUCUCCCGACGCGUUCCUCUCGCUCCGUCGUACGUACGCGUCCUCGCUCGCGGCGACGAGCGUGUGCGGCUGGGUCGCCGGCGUCGGAGACAGGCACCUCCAAAACAUCCUCCUCGACCUCACCGACGGUUCGUUGGUGCACAUCGACUUCGGGUACGCGUUCGGGACCGCGACGGCGGUGCUCCCUAUUCCCGAGCUCGUGCCGUUUCGCGCGACGGGCGCAUUGCUCGGCGGGCUCGCCCCGAACGACGCGAAGACGGCGCUGCGCGGGGACAUGACCGCGGCGAUGCACGCGCUGCGGCGCGGGUCCGCGCUGCUUCGAGGCGUCAUGGACGUGUUUCUUCGCGAGCCGCUCAUCGAUUGGCAGCGCGAGGCGAGGCAGGUGCGCGUCAAGGCGGGGAAGAGAGUCGCGGUCGCCGGCGCGUCCGGGCUCGCCGGGGACGAGGGCGCGCACGUCGAGCUCAAGAUCGCGCACGCGUGGGCGAAGCUCGACUUGUGCGACCCCGCCGCGGUGACGUUGGCGCAGUGCGCGGCGAAGCACGAGGGGUCGUCGCACUGGGACGGGAUGAGAGAGAUGGUGGUGAUCGCGGGCGGCGGCGGGACACAGGACGGGAAGGCGUGCGGUAGCGUCGAGGAGCAGGUGGAGCGGCUGCUGCGCCUCGCGACGGACCCGCUCGUGUUGGCGACGUCCUGGAGCGGCUGGCGGCCGUGGUUGUGA